CGAAAACCAGCCAACCAACAACAAGAUGUCUGCGCGAGUCCGCCAACCUACUGCGACACCAGGGCCAUCUAGUCGCACUCAGGGGAAUGCGACACUGCCCGACUACCAGCCGCCAACCUUCCCACUGAACCCUGAUGCUCAGCGCGCUCUCGCCAAUGUGCUGAGAAAACACAAUGUUCAAAGGCUGGACGGGCAUAUCACGCAGGCCCAGCAUGAGCUGACGACAACUGGCGCAGCGCUGCACGAUAGGCUGCGGGAACUCGAACAAAAGCUGGCGGCUAGACAACGGAAAGAGGCUCAAGGCUCAAGAUCGGAGCGCCUUGCCGAGUUUGAGCAACAAGUACAGGACACGCGCGAGAAGGUCGACAGCAUGACAGCACGGAUGGAGAAGGAGAUGCGCGGCCUGGUGGACUGUCGCGUGAGCUCGAGCGCCCUGCAAGACGCGGUAAAGGCAGCAGAGUCCGAUGCGAAGGCGAACGCCAGUACGCAGGCGACUACACAGCACACGCAACCGCAGACCCGGCGCCGGGCAGGGACUCGCGACGAUGCCGAUGAGGAUGAGGAGGAGGAGGACGUUGUGGAAAGUACUGAGCAGCACUGGGAUCCUACCGACCCGGCCGGUGGCUCUCAGAGCGCACCGAUGGAGGUAUUUGACAAAUGUGUUCAGCAAUCUAGAGAAAAGUUCCACGGGCUGCCUCUAUACGAGCGCUAUGCCGAGAACAAGGAGUAUGCGAAUUUCAAGAGCAUCCUUCACGAUGCUCAGCACCCAGAUACAGAUCCACCAGACGCGAGCCAAUGGUUCACAGAGGCUGGUGCUCCGGCGCCUGGCGAACGUCGAGACGAAAACGACCCGGAUGCGUCUGACGAUGAUAUUGAGGUCAUACGAGGGCAGAUCAGCACGAAGUGUCCGCUCACGCUUCAGGAAUUCAAGGAACCUCUGACGUCGACCAAAUGCCGACAUACUUUCGAAUCGUUUGCAAUACUGGAGCUUAUCGCGCAUUCCGCAAUGAGACCCAAGGCAGCCCAGUGUCCCGUCCCUGGGUGCAGCGCGAUGCUCGAGAAAGGUGAUGUGCGUCCGGAUAUGUUGACGAUACGUAAAAUCCAGCGCAUACAGAGAAACAGACAACAGCAAGAGGCCGAGGACGACAGCGGCAGUGAGAUGGGCAACGGAACACAGGGCAGAGGUCAUAUCAUUGAUGAUGACGAUGACAAUGAUGCGGAUGGCGCUUCUCACCAGAUGCAGCCUCCAGUCAAGCCCGAGCCUCGAUCUACAGCUUCUACUGCACGACCUCAGCACUCGCAACCACCUCGCCCUAGCCAAGUAGUGGAUCUUGACGAAAGUGACGACGAAAUGGAGGACUGAGGCGGGCAGAACAAUGUGCCACUCUUCAGUGAGCUACAAAUACAAUCGUGAACCAUAAGCUGCUCAAUGCAUCACUUCUGCCAAUCAUUUCUCCACAGCUUUUCCG